GCCGAGGUGCCCAUGGCGGGCCGGAAGCGCGGCGCCGGCGCGGGCGGUGCCGCCGGCGGCGCGGGCGCGGUGCCGUGGCCCGAGGAGCCGGGCGAGCGCGAGCAGGGGCUGUACUCGCUGCACCGCAUGUUCGACAUCGUGGGCGCGCAGCUGACGCACCGCGACGUGCGCGUGCUCUCCUUCCUCUUCGUGGACGUGCUGGACGAGGCCGAGCGCGGCCGCAUCCGCUCGGGCCGCGACUUCCUGCUGGCCCUGGAGCGCCAGGGCCGCUGCGACGAGAGCAACCUGCGGCAGCUGCUGCAGCUGCUGCGCAUCAUCACCCGCCACGACCUGCUGCCCUACGUCAGCCUCAAGAGGCGGCGCCCCGUGUGCCCGGACCUGGUGGACAAGUACCUGGAGGAGACGUCCAUCCGCUACGUCACCCCCCGCGCGCCCGGGGGGGCCCCGCCCGGCCUCGGCCACCCCCACAAAUCAGUGCCUGCCCCCCACCCGUCCCUGUGCUGCCCCGGGGGGCCCCAGCUGGGCCCCAAGCGCCCGGGCCGGGCCCGGAGCCUCCUCGGGAGCCAACGGAAACGCAGGAAGUCAGCGACCCCCGACCCCAAGGAGAAACAGACCUGCGACAUCCGCCUGCGCGUGCGCGCCGAGUACUGCCAGCACGACUCCGCCCUGCACGGCAACGUCUUCUCCAACAAGCAGGACCCGCUGGAGCGCCAGUUCGAGCGCUUCAACCAGGCCAACACCAUCCAAUCGCGGGAUUUGGGCUCCAUCAUCUGCGACAUCAAAUUCUCGGAGCUCACCUACCUCGACGCCUUCUGGCGGGAUUACAUCAACGGCUCCCUCCUGGAGGCCCUCAAGGGCGUCUUCAUCACGGACUCGCUCAAACAGGCCGUGGGCCACGAGGCCAUCAAGCUGCUGGUCAACGUGGACGAGGAGGAUUACGAGCUGGGCCGCCAGAAACUCCUCAGGAACUUGAUGCUCCACACGGCUCCCUGAGGGAUCCACCCCCAGUUUUUGGGGGGUUUUUUUUUUGGGUUGUUUUUUUUUUUUUUUCCGGGAUUUUUUGGUUUUGUUUUCCUCUCCCGCGGAGGUGCCCGCGCGGAGCCCGCUCACGGAUUUGGGGAGGGGUGGAGGUGUGGGGGAUUCCGGGAGCUUUCUGGGGGUCCUGAUGGGUUCUCCUUGUGUUUUCCCUCCUGUUUUUUCUUUUGUAUCCAUUAAAAAUGGUGAUGAAAAGGCAAAAAAUCCCAUUGGUGCGACACGCUGGGAUUUGGGGAUUGGGGGUGUGGAAUAUUCCAGAAUUCCUCACUUCUCCCUGUCAGUUCCUCAUUCUCUUUGUGCUUUCCAUGUUUUUUCCCCUAUUUUCAUUUUAUCCAUUAAAAAUGGUGAUGAAAAGGCAAAAAAUCCCAUUGGUGCGACACGCUGGGAUUUGGGGAUUGGGGGUGUGGAAUAUUCCAGAAUUCCUCACUUUUCCCUGUCAGUUCCUCCUUGUGUUUUCCAUGUUUUCUCCCUAUUUUCUUUUUUAUCCAUUAAAAAUGGUGAGAAAAAGGCAACAA